AAAUAAUUUCUCGUGGUUUGAGGCGUUGGCUAAGCUGUGGUUUUCCUUCGUUAUCACGACCUCGAUGUCCCUCUCUAUCAAGCUCUCUCGCUAAGCGAACAUCCAAUAAUUUGAAAGAGAAUUCGUAGAAAGAAGAGGAGGAUAAAGCCGAUACUAAGAUUCGGAUCUGUCUGCACUUCUUUCGACGGCAAGCUCGAUAUAGACCUGAAGCUCUUUCAUGUGAUCCCAUUUCCUGUGUUUUCUCGACGUUUUAAGCCCUUUGGAUGAAGUACGCAAGGCUGUGAAGGAGGAAAGAGGGAAAUGUUAUAUUUGAAGCAGCCAAGGGGAAGUCUACGAGUCAGGCGGCUGGAGUAGCCUUUGAUCCGGCGGGAUCUGCAUGCUCAAGUGAAGAGGCCCGAGCCUGGAGCUCGGGAACGGCCUGUUGCGUUAUGGAGGCAGCUGAUGUCACGUUGGUAGCUGAUAGGAUAGCCAGUGAGCCUGGCCCCGGCAGGUGUUACCUGCAGAAGUUCAGUCUCUAUGAGACCAGAUCGAAAUUCUAUAUGAUCGGAAGGGACAAGAAUAGAACAUCAUGGAGAGUGUUAAAGGUUGACCGGCUGGAAUCUUUUGAGCUUAAUAUCUGUGAGGACUCCACUAUAUACUCUGAGGGCGAAUGCAAUGAUCUAUUGAAGCGCAUUCAUGAAGGAAACAGGCCAACCGGAGGGUUAAGAUUUGUUACCAACUGUUAUGGGAUUGUUGGUUUUAUUCAGUUCUUGGGGCCCUAUUACAUGCUGCUUGUUACUAAAAGAAGGCUAAUUGGUGCAAUAUGCGGUCAUAAGGUUUAUGCCGUCACCAAGAGUGCAAUUAUAACCAUUCCAAAUUCAAGCGUUCGGGCCUCUAUGGCUAUUCCAAAGGCUGAAAACAGAUACAAGAAGCUGUUGCGUACCGUGGAUCUUACAAAGGACUUCUUUUUCAGUUACUCAUACAAUGUGAUGCAAAGUAUUCAGAAGAACUUAUGCGAUGCUAAGGCAGGGCAACUUUUGUAUGAAACUAUGUUUGUCUGGAAUGAAUUCUUGACAAGAGGAAUUCGGAAUCAUCUUAAAAACACUGCUUGGACUGUUGCUUUAGUUUAUGGUUUUUUCACUCAGGCUAAGCUAUCAAUAUAUGGGAAAAAUUUUAGGUUGACACUCAUUGCUAGGCGAUCACGUCAUUAUGCUGGAACCAGGUAUCUGAAGCGCGGCGUUAAUGAUAAGGGUAGUGUCGCAAAUGAUGUAGAGACAGAGCAGAUUGUUUUUGAAGAUGUUCCUGGAGAAAAUCCUAUGCAGAUAAGUUCUAUAGUACAAAAUAGGGGUUCCAUUCCCCUUUUUUGGUCCCAGGAGACAUCAAAGAUGAACAUGAAGCCUGAUAUUGUUUUGCAGAAGCAGGACAAGCAUUAUGAAGCUACCCGGCUUCAUUUUGAAAAUCUUGUGAAGAGAUACGGAAACCCAAUCAUUGUAUUGAACUUAAUUAAGACACAAGAGAAGAAACCGAGAGAAUCUAUCCUUAGAGCAGAAUUUGCAAAUGCAAUUGAUUUCUUAAAUAAAGAUCUCUCAGAAGAAAGUCGUCUAAGAUUUUUACAUUGGGAUCUUCACAAACAUAUGCGGAGGAAGGCAACAAAUGUGCUCCUACUGCUGGGUAAAGUGGCGUCUUAUGCCUUGUAUUUGACUGGCUUCUUUUAUUUCCAAGUGACGCCUGUUUUGAGUCUUGACCGUGGUAUCAGGCAGCCUGAUGCAUUGAAGGAAAGCGCUGGUGAAUUGUCUUGCAACAAGGAAAGCAAUGACAACAACAACAACUGCUUAGACGAUGUUGUCACCUCUAGGCAUGGAAUACAGGAAGAUAACUUGGCAAGAUCAGAAAAAAUUGGGCGUGAAUGUUCUCAAAAAGAGAUUGAAUACUCUGAAAACUGUUUUGUUAAACCUCCUAUGCUUCAAACAGGUGUCCUUCGCACUAACUGCAUAGAUUGCUUGGAUCGUACAAAUGUUGCUCAAUAUGCUUAUGGUUUGGCUGCACUUGGGCAUCAACUCCAUGCCUUAGGCCUCAUAGAUAAUCUGAAACUUGAUUUGGAUGCUCCGUUGGCUAGUGAGUUGAUGGGUUUCUACGAGAGAAUGGGGGAUACGCUUGCACUACAGUAUGGUGGAUCUGCAGCGCACAACAAGGUAUUCUCUGAAAGAAGGGGUCAGUGGAAGGCAGCAACUCAGUCUCAGGAGUUCUUCCGGACACUUCAGAGAUACUACAGCAAUGCCUAUAUGGAUGCUGAAAAACAGAAAGCAAUAAACUUGUUUCUUGGAUACUUCCGACCCAAGCAGGAUAAGUUAGCUAUUUGGGAGCUGGACCCUGAAGAGAAUUAUAUUGCUUUAAGGCAUGAUAAUGACUUGGGAAUUGAAACUCCAAGGUCAUUUAUCAAAAGAUCUUUAUCAGAUGGAAGCAUUCUGCAUCAAAACAAUACGCCUAUGUCAAAUUGUAGUAUGGAUAACAAUGAAGUUUCUAAAUCAGUCAUGUCUGAUAAAAGACAUGAAGUCAGUGCCAUGAGACUUUCUGGUUCAACACCAGAAAUUUCAGCUUGUAAAAUGGAUGCAUUUUUCAGUUAUACAUCAGCAAUGCCUUGUCGGGGGCUUUUGGUAAAGAACGAACAUGGAUACGUAACUGAACUUGCGUUUGAUGCAUCAACUUCUUCAAAUUUUCUGGAUCUUGAUCAGCUAUUAUCCUCCGGUAAUUCAUGUGAGGAAACUUUUGAGAGGUCAACUGUUAAAUCAACAGCCAUGAACUCUUCGGUUGCAAAUCUUUCCUCCGAGAUUGUUGCUAACGGCUUAGAAUAUGAUGAAAUUUCACCUAUAAAGGGAAUGGAUACAGUUCUUUCCACCGAUGAUGUCCCCAAAGAAUUUUCAGACAGCUUUGUUAGCUGGGUUUUUCAUGGAGAAACCUUGUUCACUAAAAUAAAGACUUCUGGCCUUCAAUUCCCAUAUGCUUAACUGCAAAAGCUAAGCACAAGAGAAAGGUGAAACCCUAUUCAGUUCAAGACAGAUUAUUCAUUUGUAAGAUUACCCAUGUAGAUUUUAUUUAAUUUAAUUUUAAUUUGAUUAAGGUUCUCACUCUCAUCUCCGGCCAUAGUCAAAUAGGAAGUAGGAGUAAAUAUUUGCAAAUUCUUUUUGAGAUUGAUUAUGGAAGAAAAAAAGGAAAACCAAGUUUCGAUUCUGUAUAUAUACACCAUUUUUAUUUUGUAGAAGCACAAUUCCAUGUAACGGAUUUUUUUUGUUUUUUAUUUACCGUACGCUCAAUUUAAUUAUUUGUAUAAGGUUUAUCAAAGGAUGUGCAGUUAUUUUU